AUGCGCGACAGAAGAUCGCGGUUGAUUUGUACGAAAGUCCAUACACUUGCCAGGUCCCAUCCGGUCUGGACCUUUUACUGCUGUUGCAUACUGAUUGAUUGUGUCGCGGCUCUUUUCAGCGCGAGUCUGAGCCAUGCAUGUCCCAAGGGAAUCUAUGUAGCGCCGCUGCCAUCAAACCCUCUCGCCUGGAGCGGUGUGCUUUUCGUCCGCAAAGGACCAUAUGCCAAUGCUAUCCUACGAUUCCAGAUCUCGUUCCCGGAUGUAUAUCCUCGACGACCACCCGUGGUCACCUUCCAGAGCGACCUCUUCCAUCCACUGGUCACACCGCUCACCACAUACACAUAUUCCACUCGAGACACUGGCUCAGACACUGUAAGCGCGGUGGACGAAGGUCGAUUACCGCCAGGAGGUCUCAGUCUGCGGCAUGGCUUUCCCGAAUGGUUCCGCCGAGUGGGCGAUGAUCAACCGAGCGCACAACCAGACAGCAACACGGAAGACGCGCCAUCGAAGCAAUCGAAGAAUGGAAGCACUGAGGAAAGGUGGCAGCCACCUCAUAUAUUGGAAGUCUUACAAUACAUGCGCAUAAUUUUCGAGAACGAAAAAGUGUUGGACUCGAUUCCGAUCAGUGAUGUCGCCAAUGCGGGUGCGUGGCAUGCGUGGCGAAGCUAUCGAGUCAAAGCCGCAGAGGGCAAUAAGCCAGGCGCUGCGACCGAAGUGGCGUCACCUCGGGAGCGAGCGCAGCAGUCACCGCGUCAGCAGCCCGGUGGUGCAAGACGUCCUGGUGAGUGGAAUUGGCAAGGAGUAUGGGAAGAUCGAGUCAGGAAGAGCAUCAAUGGGAGCAUCACCAAUCCGGUGCUCUUCGGACAUGAUAACGAGGUCGUAAGUCGUUCCGGGAGGACGGCGCAGUGCUUGGAAUAA